AUGUUAGAGAGUGCCAAAUUAAUUGGGGCCGGAGCUGCUACAAUUGCUUCAGCGGGAGCAGCUGUCGGUAUUGGAAACGUCUUCAGUUCUUUGAUUCAUUCCGUGGCUAGAAAUCCAUCAUUGGCUAAACAAUCAUUUGGUUAUGCCAUUUUGGGCUUUGCACUCACCGAAGCAAUUGCAUUGUUUGCCCCAAUGAUGGCCUUUUUAAUCUUAUUUGUAUUCUGA